AUGGCGUCUAGAGCAACAUCACUUUUCAUCUUUUUCUUUCUCAUCUCUUGCACUUUCAUGUUGCUUGAAACCAAUGCAUCAAGAAAUAAGCCUAGUAGCAAUAUUCCACUGUGCGGAUUUAAACUUAAUUGUGGUGGCAUAUGGUGUCCUGAAAAAAUAGGAAAGCAUAACUGUAUCAGUUGGCCUUGUGACUUUAGUGAAGAUUGUGACAAGUUUGUUCGUUGCGAAAAAACAGGACCUGUUUGUAUGGAGGGAAUAUGCAAUUGUACUAAUUAAUGGAAUAAGAUAG